UGAAUGGUGAUUGAAGCUACCCCAACACAAACAUGUUACAUGAAAUUUGGCAAUUUUCCGUUCAGGAUCGGGAAUCCCGUUUGAAAACCAACAUUAAAGAGGGCAAUAAUAUCCUAAAGCCAUAAAGUUUGAAUUGUGCUUCCACUUUGAUAAGAUUUUGACUCCAAAAAAAAAAAAGAAAAAAAUCGAAUUCAAUUAUAACACACACACACACACUCCCACGAAGGUUGUCUUCCCAGACCAGAUUAACGCACAAAUUGAUGAUUGUAGUAACUUGAAAACACAAAAUAAAAGGCAUGAAAAUACGGAUUAACGGAGUACAAAAACGUAUGUAGAACAAUUCCAAUUUGUCCUGGUAUUUGACGACUUUUUUAGCGUCAUGUCUGGGAGAAAACAUCACGGACCCCUGUUAAAUAUAUAUGACCUAUUUCGCUUAGCACGAUCUACAGAGCCCCAAAAAGAAACCCACAUUUCUUUCUGAUUUUCUUUCACUAUAGUUCUCCACUUCCACUUUCACGUGACGCUGACCCGCCAGCUGCUUCCCAUUCCCCCACAACUUCCUCUAGUUUUUUUCUAGCUUCUCUCUACUCCGACGACCACCAACUUCCGGCGACCCGCCGCCGUUUCCAUAAAGCUUCUUCACUCCAUUCCGGUCAAAUGGUAAACAAACCAUACUAAUCCCGGCAUUUCCCCCACUUCAGAAGUACACAAUGCCUUCUGCCAUUUUCGUAUUCCUCUUUGCUCUGUUUUUCAGUACCACUGUUUCUGUCACCAGUUCACCUACAGCGGCCCCAUCCGACGCCGUUUCGCUGCUGUCUUUCAAGUCCAAAGCUGACUUAGACAACAAACUCCUCUACACUCUCCACGAACGCUUCGAUUACUGUUCUUGGCAAGGCGUGAAAUGCGGGCAGGGUCGGGUUGUUCGGUUUGUUCUUAACGGGUUUGGGCUACGGGGCCAGUUCCCACCGGACUCGCUGAAUGGACUGGAUCAGCUCAGGGUGUUGAGCCUGAGGAACAACUCGCUCACCGGCCCAAUCCCGGACCUUUCCGGGCUCGUCAACCUCAAGUCUCUGUUUCUGGACCAGAACUCAUUUUCCGGCGAGUUUCCUCCUUCUAUUGUCACCCUUCACAGCCUCCUGAUUCUGGACCUCUCCCGGAAUAAUCUUACCGGCUCGCUUCCUUCCGAGUUGACGGCUCUGGACCGCCUGACCUAUCUCCGGCUUGAUUCCAACCGGUUUAACAGUUCGAUCCCUGCUUUGAACCAGACCUCACUUAUUCUUUUCAACGUCUCAAAUAAUAACCUCUCCGGCCCGGUUCCGGUGACACCGACGCUUAAAAAGUUCACUCUUUCUUCAUUCUUAUGGAACCCAAAUCUCUGUGGGGACGUCAUAAACAAGCCAUGUCGGCCUUCUCCGUUUUUCGACAACACCCACUCAAACCCCGGCGAGGCUUCGCCGCCGGCGCCUCUCAUCCAAAGCGCCCAGUUCCAAGGCGACGUUUUUAUUCCUUCUCCUUCCCACCACAAACAUAAAAGGGUUGGCAUUAUUUUGGGGUUUAUAGUCGGCGCAUUCCUCCUCAUUGCCGCUGCAUUGUGCAUUUUUGCAGUCUUCAGGAGGCGUAGCCAUCAUCAUCAUCUCGAUGAUGAAAAGAUAACUAAAUUGAACCCACAAGAGGAUGUGGCUGUUGAUAAAAAGAAGAAAGAUAUUGAGAGUUCUAACGAAGUUGCUACUGCUGACAUUGUGGAGGAUGGAAUUGUUAAGGAGAAAAAGAUUUAUCAAGUGACCGAUUCCAAAAAUCAUAAGCAGGUGAAAAGUCGGAAUUUGGUGUUCUGUAAUGGGGAGACAGAGUUGUAUACAUUAGACUUGUUAAUGAGGGCCUCUGCUGAGUUGCUUGGAAGGGGAACAAUUGGGACUACGUAUAAAGCUGUGUUAGAUAACCAGCUGAUUGUGUCUGUCAAGAGAUUGGAUGCUUCUAAGACGGCCAUUACAAGUGCAGAGGCGUUUGAGCAGCAAAUGGAUGCAGUUGGUGUGCUUAGGCAUCCCAAUCUGGUUCCAGUCCGAGCUUAUUUUCAGGCUAAACAAGAAAGGCUAAUUAUCUUUGAUUAUCAGCCUAAUGGUAGUCUUUUCAAUCUCAUUCAUGGUUCGAGAUCCACAAGGGCUAAACCUCUGCAUUGGACAUCAUGUUUGAAGAUAGCUGAGGAUGUGGCCCAAGGGCUUGCCUACAUACAUCAAGCAUCAAAGCUCAUUCAUGGCAACUUGAAAUCAUCCAAUGUUCUCCUUGGUUCUGAUUUCGAGGCUUGUCUAACCGAUUAUUCAUUAUACAUUCUCGCGGACAUUUCUUCUAAUGAUGAGCCAGAUUCUACUGCUUAUAGAGCACCUGAAGUACGCAAGAAUGCAAAGAAAGCCUCUUCAAGAUCAGAUGUAUUUGCAUUUGGAGUGCUCUUAUUAGAGCUUCUGACGGGCAAACCUCCAUCUCAGCAUCCGUUCCUUGCUGCCCCCGAUGUGCCUGAUUGGGUGAGGGCAAUGAGGGAUGAUGACGCUGAAGAAGAAAAUUGGGUAAGAAUGCUAGUCGAAAUAUCCAGCGUCUGCUGUGUAACCUCACCUGAACAAAGGCCAACAGUGAGGCAGGCGCUGAAAAUGAUACAGAGUGUGAAGGAGAGUGCUAUGGUAGAGAAUAGCUCAAGGGAUGCCCACAUUGGAUAUUCAUAGCCACCGAAGGCAACAAACACAAACGCUGGCUGAUUUUGGCUACAAUGGAUCUUUCUCUCAAAUAGAUGGAGCUGAAUCUAUUCAAACUGAAUCAUAAUCCGUCAUCCAUUUUUGCCGGGCAGGUUCAAUUGCUCUUUCUUUAGGGUGAAUGUGAAGUUAGGAGGUCUGGUAGUUCUACAGGCAGCGGCAUCUGUGGCAACGUUAUUGGGGUACUUAACAUAGUUCACUGAGAUGAACCACUCCUUAAUGUACAACACAGCAAUGGUGGGUUUGUAUUAUGAAGUCAGCAUUGAUCUCAUCUCAUGAUGAUCACAAAAUUAGUCAUAAAAACCUGCUUAGAGCAAGUUGUGACGAACACAUAACAGUUAACAGUGACCUCGCUGGAUCGUAAGACUAACUUCAUCUGUUGAGGUGAUUACUGAUUAAUGUUUGUUAAAGCAUGCAAAACCUAGCCAACUUAGUCAAAGUAAUGACCAAUGGUAUAAACUGACAAACAGCUGGUAGGUAUAAAUAAAAGAGGUCAGAUGCAAAGAACGGCAUAAACUAGAGAUAUAUAGUUGCAAACGUCUAAAUCAUAGCGAUAUUUGAUAUUGUACCUUACCCAAUUUUACAACUUACAAUCAAACUAAUUGUAAAUUAGAUUGUCUAAAACUAGUCAUAAGACGGG